AGUCAUGUAGUCUUCUAUUUCAUACCCUUCCAUUCGGAAUGUGUAUAUAUAUUAUCUUUUAUAUCACUUAAUGACAUAUCUUAAUUGAAAUCGCACUUUGUUUUAAAGUAACAAAUUUAGCAAUAACUUGUCUAUAUCAACUUCUAAUAUGGACAACCAUUUGGUUACUUUUCCUUAUAUUACUCACUCAUCAUGUAUUUAUCAUUACCUUGGGAUUCAUUUCAGCAGUUUCCUACUUCAUGGUAGAACAAUGAUUGCAAAAUCAUCUAUAACAAUGAAAAGCAACUUUAGGUGCACGUGAAAUGAACCUAAUCAUGAAUAUCGGUGUACUCUACGAGGUAAUAAAUUCUUCGGAUACCCGGUACGUUGAAAUACAAUAAUUUAGUAGAUGCCUAUUUCGCGUUUAUUAACUUCAACUAUACUGUUUAAUUUCAUUCGCUAAGUUAGAAUGUCUUCCUACUCAAGUGAAUCCUUCUCCAGCUUGAACAUACACGCAUCACUUAUUGAUGUUUUGUCAAAGUUAGGCAUCACAACUUCUUCAUCCGCACAAUCAAAGUUUAUAAGAGCUGCAGGCAAUUCACAAGGAGUAAUACUCCAAUCUAAAUCCGGAACUGGUAAGACGGUUUCCUUUUGCAUCUUCGCAUUGAAUAAAAUAAUCUCAUCUACUAAUUCUGAUCUUUACGAUAACAGAGAUUUUCUCCCUUUUUGUUCAAGAUUUCCUUCGGAUAAUUGUUACAUAUAUUGUGGAGAAGUGGUUAUCUUGGUACCUACCAGAGAACUAGCCUUGCAGAUAUAUCAUUUUCUUACCUUGUUAUCAACUCCACUUAAAUCUAUAAAAAUUAGUUUGAAUACAGGUGGAAUAGAUCUUUUAGGUGAUAUAAAGAACAUCAAAGAUCUUCAACCUAACGUAAUCAUUGCAACACCCGGGAGAUUAAAGACCAUACUUAAGCAGUACAAAUUGAAUAAUGGAUACUACAAGCAUUCAUACGUCAAGGAAAAACCCAUAUUUAAAAUCCACACGUUUGUAUUGGAUGAAGCAGACUUACUCCUGGAUGACCAUUUCUUUAUUCAGACCAAACAAAUUUGCGACAAGUUGAUAAAUCCAUUUGUACAAGUUAUUGCGGUGUCAGCUACUUUCAUCAAACCACAAUUAAACAUACUCGAGAAUAUGGUAUUUAGUAUUGAUGAUAAGUUUAAAAGUACCUUUAUUAAUAUGGCUCCAACUUUGGAUACAGUAUUUUCUUUAUUGUCUUCCAUGGCACCUGGUUUUGAAUAUUCGUAUAGAUUGCUAUCUAGAUCCAUUUCAUCGUUUGAUGAUUUAAUUUAUUGGAUUUCUAAGUAUGAACGUAAGUUUUCGAGGAUAAUAGUAUCAGCAAGUCAUGUGAACAGAAUAAAUCUUUCACUUAGUUCACAAUCAAUGUUUGAAAACGUCCCUACUAGUAACAUGUGUUACAUUGAUAACGACAUAUGUGAACUAUCAGAUAUAGUAAAACAUACAAAACAUAUUGAGAAUGAGGAUAUUAGAACGCCUGUGCUGCAAGGAGUCACAUUUUACUUGGCGAAAAUACUUGACGCACCAACUAUUGUAAUGCAAGUUGGAUUGAAAUUAAAAUGUAUAUUAUCUAUACUAUCGUAUGUACCAUACAAAAAAUGUAUAAUAUUCUGUAACCAAAGCCAUUCUAGAAUUCAAAGCUAUAGGAUGUUGCAAGCAUUUGGAUUCCAGUGUUAUGUAAGUAGUUCUAGGUUAUCGCAUAAGGAACGAAUGACUAUGUUGAACGAUGUUUUUCACAUGGAUAAGGUUGUUAUAAUAUGUACCGAUAUUAUGUGUCGAGGCAUUUGUUUUUCUGGUGUUGAUUUAGUUAUAAAUAUGGAUAUGGCAAUGUCAAAAGAGGUGUUUUUGCAUAGAUCGGGUAGGGUUGGUCGGUUUGGUGCCAAGGGUCUUUGUAUGCUUUUAAAGGAUAGCGGAUACAAGCUGGAGUUUGUAGACAAUGACGGUGUUUGGACAUUUGAUCCAGUUAUAUAUGAAUAUUCUCCUUUGAUACGGUUGAUCUAUAAAACUGGUACAAAUUUUAUUGAAACUUUUACAGAUUCAUUGCUUGAUUGCAACAGUUUUUUUAGCGAACAUCAACUUAUUGGUGCUAUAUUACCGAGCGGUCGUAUAGAUUUAACUGUGGAAAACUCACUGUUAUGUCUUUGCUUUGAGGUGAAUUAUUUCGGGUAUGCAGAAAUUUCUAUAAGGCAUCUUUACACGGGAGAUAAUCCAUAUGAUUCUGUGAUACUUAAAAUUUCAGGAAAAAGAGAUGUUUAUCCAAAACUCAAAAUUUACAUGCCUACCUAUUGUUCCCGGAUGUUGGAUUGUACAGAUUUUACACUGCUUUCCAACACAAAAUUACACAUCAUCAUUUCUGAUUCACAUUUUGCGGAUGGAUUAAAAAUUAAUGGCGCGUUGAUUACUCUGUUCCCCGAUGUUGGCUUAUUUAGAACUCUUGUAUGCUUAUACUUGAAUAAAUAUCUCGAUUUAAAAUUUAUUGAUAGUGAUGAUGUAUACUCACAAAGACAGACUCAUGAACGAACGCAGUCGGAUUUUCUUAAAUAUUCACAAUGUGUGGGAACAUGUGAAUAUUCGACCGAUCACAUACCGAAAAAUAUGUUGGAUAACGCUAUCUUUAUGCUAAAAUAUUACUCAAAUAUCGCAGAAUUUGACUUUAAUAUGUCAAAUUACAUCAGAUUAUACGAAUUGUAUACAAAUAAUAUUGCACUCAACAAUCUAAGUUUGCUGAACAGAUUUCACGUGCGCAAUUCACCACUGCCUUUUCUCCAUGAACAUUAUACGAAAUGGAAAUCUAUAAAUAAAAAUUUUGAAUUAUAA